AUGUCAAUAUUACCAGAUGAGCCUGCGGACCCUCCUAGGUUUGUACUUAACUUGUUCAAUAAACUGCCCCCGUUAGACGAAGCAAGACUACUGUUCGAUCACUUUGUUCUUGCCCUACACCCGACACUUGGAGUGCUCCAUCUGCCAUCUACACGAGCCAUGAUGGAGGAGACAUACCGCAAAGCCUCAAACGGAGACACAGACAUCUCUAUUGGCAACAUCCUAAUGCUAUUCUCCAUCUUCGCCGGGUCAGCGCUCUCAUGGACAUCCCAUUUCUUGGGAAAACUGAAAGCUACACAGAAAGAAGCGAACGCUGCCUUCAAAGCAUAUACACGUCUCGCUAUUUCGGUCUUGAACCGUGGCUUUGGAGAAUUUUCAAGCUCAACAUUUGCUCUGGCUUCUGUCACAACUCUGGCUUUUGUAGUGUCGAACGCGUCCUUCUCGCCUUUCGAUGUGCACAUGCUCAGAUGUCGAUGCAUGUUGAUGGCUAAGCUUAUGGGGAUCGAUAGACUGGACACUGUCAAGAGCCUCGAAGACCGAAAACUCAAAGGCUACGACGUGGUUGAGAUCGAAGUUCAGCGGAGGAUUUGGUGGCACCUGGUGGCCUCGGACUGGCUUGGUGCUUUCUCAGGGAACUCUCAAGAAGGCGCAUACACAUUCCAACCACGACAUAUGAAUGUGAAAUAUCCGAGUAACGUUGACGACACACUCAUAACACCCAACGCCCCAGAGGAGGAACUGCCUUGGUCUGUCGCCACAGCAAUGUCUGCCUUUCUUCAACGAAUUAAACUGGCAGACCUUUGUCGGCAGAUUGUCGAUGCGCUUCCCUCAGCAUCUUCAGAUUCCCAGGAGCCCAAAUACUCCAUAAUUUUGAUGUUGGACAGUAUGCUACAACAAUAUCUAACAGAGCUGCCUGUCUUCUUUCAACUAGAUCCCAUGAGUAUCCAGCAAAGCCAGCGAGUGUGUGAAAAACGUCCAUACGUCGCCUGGCAGAGACUUAAUAUCCAUUUCAGUCUCCAUGCACGCUUAUGUCGACUUCACCGUCCGUAUCAUCUGGUAGGGGCUACAAACCCCGACUACGCAUACUCCCGAACGGCCUGUCUUCGUUCGGCUCACAGCAUUUUAGACCUUCGACGCUCAAUGGACGAUCUAAUCCCUCUCGCCGGGAUAAGGCCAGGGAGGCUGUGGACGGUCAUGCAACAUGUCUUUAUGGCCGCUUUGACACUUGCCACAGAUGUGUCAUUUAUUCCGGACUCGCCGGAUGCCGAAGCACAGAAAGCUAAAGUCAUGGUUGCGUAUCAGACGCUCGAGAAGUCUAGGGAAGAAUCGAGUGCUCUGAUGCAAGGCAUCCAAAAGAACAUGCAAACGCUUCUUGCAACGCUACAGACGCAGCGCACUCGGAGAGCAAUUGAGCCGAGGAAACAAUUAUCCAUUGUGAGAAAAGAGAGUAAUGCAAACACUCGACUUGGAACGCACUUUCAAGUCUUAGCCCAAUCUGACGAGUUUCCAUGGAACAACGACACUACAGGGGACACAAGCCUAACAUUGAAUGCGUCGGAAACCCAACGAAACUGGACAUAUUUGGAUGAGGGUCAAUCAGCUGAAGAAGACAUGGACGAACUCUGGUCAGACUUCCUGGCCGCGAUACCUGACUUGGCUCCUUUUCAAUGGACAUCGCUGUUAGACGACGUGGAUUUCAAUUUCGACUCUGUAUGA